AUGUCAGAAAAUGUGCAUGGGAAUGACUACGCACCUAGUGAGGCUAGUUCGGAUGGACAGGACACGGGAUGGACAAGUGCGCAUGAAGUGCAAUCGGCCGAUGCAAUGUCCGAAGGUCCAAUGUGGAGUGUCUCAGACAUGUGUGAAAGUGCAUCAAACAUGUGCGCGUAUGUUUCGGGUGUUCACAUGAGUAUGAAAAACCGUGGUUCCAAGCCCAGCGCCACGACCAUUGCUACACCGGCUUGUCCCCAACCUGGAAAAACCUUCCACCACACUGGGCAGACACCCCUAAAGAAAAACAUGCCCAAAUGUGGAUGGUCCAAUAUUAAUCCUGUGGCUACCAGCACACGGGAGAUGGGACCUGGUUCGACAUGUGAUGCGCUCGACGACCACUUCAGCGACUGGAACUGGUGGAAGGUGUCUAACUUUGGUGCAUUUCUUUUGCAAAAGCUCAAGGAUGCCAUCCCUCAACGUGAUCAACAUAUUUCAGACCUUGUCAAUUUUGAGGAUGCAAUUCCAGCUGAGAGCCUCGCAACCUGGCAUACAAUGGUAGAGGGUUGGGAGACUGACCGAUCUAACGCAAACCCAUUUGACUCAGCAUCUUCACCCAUGAUGCAAGCUUCUGUUCGACUGGAGCUCUCACAAGUUGAAGCAAACCAACUCAAAUGUAGACUCGACAUGUCCUUGCACUCUGAGGUUUCACCAAGUGUCCUCAUAGUUGUCAGAAUUGAGCUCGAGACUCAGCAGCGCCAGCUUGUUCAUGAAACCUCAAGCAUAGGUGCACACACUACCGAAAUCCAGCUAUCUACACUUCAGCAGCGGACAAACACACUUCAUCGUCGAAUUGAACACUGGAUCAAGAUUCAAACCCUUUACAUGCCGUGUGUCGCACGUCUUCGUGAGAUGAUCGAUGCUACCUCUGAUAAUACAGAAGAAGACGUCUACAGUAUCAAGCUCUGGAUGCCCUCAGCUAUUGUCACCCAGUCUCUAUCUUAUGACAGAAACCUAUUGCUCAUCGAAUGGAAGCUUCACAGAGCUCAGGAACACAAGGCACUACAUGAACUUUAUCAGCACCUGCAGCUCAAGCGUCAUCUUACCGGCUUCAAGAAGGACUGGAUUACUGGUCAAUGCGGACACAUGAGGUCACGUGGGACCAUCAACACAGUGCAGAAAAAGAUUGACACUGCUGCCACCAAAUAUCACAUUGCUUGGGCCUCCCUCAGUGCUCUUGCUGAGCCUCUUCUUGAAAUUGACUGGAAGGCCGAGUUCCCGGUGCUCGAGAAAGAGGAUGUCCACAGAAUGAUGGAGGACCAAGCAGCAGGGGAAAGUAUUUCUGAGGGGCGAAGAUUAGUUUCCAUAUCAUGGAUUUGGAAGCAAUGUUAUGGCGCCGGAGAGGAAGAGCUUUCAGAUGCUAUGUGCAUUGAGUGGUGCAAGGCUCGUGCACGCGCUAACCGAUGGUCCGAGGAGGUAGAAUUAUUGCAAGAGGAAAUGUGGCGCGUUCUCGCAUUCUUUGAUUGGCAUGCGGCCUGGUGGGUGGAACGUGCAACAUCCAAGAUGUGGCUCGGGCCCAUCGAGAAUAAAGGUGCAGUAGCAUAUGCACAUCGGCAAGCUGCCAUUCGGAGGAUGAUGUGUGACCACUGCUCUUCAAUUUGGAGCAUUGUUCCUGGCCUCAUUGCCCAGUCAUCGUGCAACACUGCUAUCUAA